AUGGAGGAGUCUGUUGCAGUGCGAAAUGGUCGAAGAGUCACAGCCCUCAAUGUCUCUGGCUUUGGCUUUGGAGGCCCUAUUGUUCCAAAUCUUGGCAACUUGACAUCCCUCGAGCUUUUAGCACUUACCAACAACAACUUCACAGGGUCCAUACCCCAAGAGCUGUCCAAUUUGCGCCGUUUGAGCGUUUUUGAAGCUGGAUACAACCUUCUCAGUGGGAAGAUGCCGUCAUGGCUGGGAACCUUGACGGAGCUAGAGUAUCUUCGUCUCAAUGGAAAUGCCUUCUCUGGAAGCAUCCCGCGGUCAAUAGGUAAUAACACUAAGCUGGUGCUUCUGAACCUGGCCUACAAUUCUCUGGGUGGAGUUAUCCCACUAGAGAUUGCCAAUCUUUCAUCCUUGGAAAUGUUAGAUCUCAAAUACAAUGGCCAGAUUGUAGAUUCUAUCCCAGAUGGAAUCUUCGACCUGUCUCGAAUCGAAGCGAUUGAUCUCACAGGGGGGAUCCCACCAGGCAUACACAACCUCUCGCAAUUGCAGCUGCUCAGCCUACAAAGGGACCUUCCACUGACCCUGUGUGGUGGCACAACCAAACUUGAGCAGCUGUUUCUAGGCACCAAUCAGCUGACUGGCCGAGUUUUAGACAGAAUAUGCAACUGCAGAAGCCUAUCUGUGAUUUCAUUGCGAUACAACAACUUCACAGACAAUAUACCUAAGUGUCUUGCAAAUCUUACUGCCCUAAAUUACCUAUAUCUAGGCAAGAACAACUUCACAGGUGAGCUACCCGCUGAGCUAGGUAGCCUUAAUUUGGUGCAUAUCUUUGUCAAUGACAAUGGGUUAUCUGGCGCCAUCCCAGUCUCAAUCUUCAACAUAUCAUCAAUGAAGGGCAUGAAUUUUUCAGAGAAUCUCUUCACUGGGAAGCUUCCUUCAACAAUUGGGCUUUUACUUCCCGAUCUACAAAAGCUUUAUUUGGGCAUGAACAAACUGAGUGGACCAAUUCCAAGCUUUAUCACCAAUGCUUCUAGUCUUACUGACCUGGUCAUGACCUCCAACUCUUUUACUGGCACAAUACCCGAUUUUGGUAAUCUUAGACUCUUGCAACGCCUUCUUCUUGCAGAGAAUAAUCUAACAGGAACAUCUUUUUUGUCUUCUUUACCAAAGUGCCAAUUCUUGCAUGAUGUUGUUAGAGGGUUUGGGUGUGGAAUCAGAGGUUCCAUUCCUGCUGAAAUUGGCAACGUGACCAACUUGCGUGACUUAUAUUUGGACAGCAAUGAGCUAACAGGAUCCAUACCAAGCAUACUGGGAAAUCUGAGCCAACUCAUACGUAUAUAUCUCGAGUAUAACAAGCUUGAAGGAUAUAUCCCCCCACAGCUUUGCCAGUUAAGCCGUUUGGGGGACUUUUUGAAUGGCUCUCUUCUGUCUGAGAUAGGAAAUUUGAAGGUUAUAACGGAUUUGGACUUGUCGUGGAAUUUGUUCUCAGGCAACGUCUCUAGCUCCAUUGACAAAGCAGAGUCAUUAGUUGUGCUAUCUCUGGCACAUAACAAGCUGCAAGGGCCUAUUCCUGAAUCCAUUGGUAAAUUGAGAGGUUUGGAAUCAUUAGAUCUCUCGUUUAAUACCUUUUCCGGUUCUAUACCUAAAUCACUCGAGGGCCUUGCCUUCCUGAAGUAUUAA